CCCAAACGCCCUCAAGAGCCGUCACUAUCCUUUGUGUCGCCAUGGACAGUGAGAAGUUGCCGGAACGACUCCAGGAAGUGAGUCCCGAGCGCUUGUCAUCACAUCCCUUGAAGAAGGGGAAUCCUCGUGAUCACUGGCGACUGGAACAUGUGGAGCAAAAGGUUCUCGAGUCGGGACUUGUGGCCCUCCAGAGCCAGCUCACUGCCUCUCCAUCAAAGAGCCCCGCGGCAAGACAGGGUUCUGCCGUGUUGCGGGCAUCCUUCUUCGAACGCUUGUUGGAGGGUCACGUUGAGCUGAAGGCUUGCCCUGCGAAUGAUGUCGCAGCUGCCCAAGGUGACUUGAAGAAACUCAACCUGAGCCAGCUCUUAGCGCUGCGGAUUCUGACCAAGGAUUUCCCAACCACCAGUGUUGGUUCUCUGAAGGUUCAUGGACACUUUCUGGCAGCUUUGUCAUCUGAAUUGUUUCAAAAGGUGGGCGCUCGGGCACUGGGUGAAGAGAUCGCCACAAGAAAGCGCUUGGAGCAGAUCGGUGCCCGCCUGGUCUUGUGUCUCGGAGCUGCAGAGCUAUUGGCAGGGGCCAAUCCUGCGCCUCCAUGUCGCUGGUUGACAGCCCUCGAGGAGGAAGACUCAAGUUCCAGUUUUGUGCUGGUGGAUGUGUGCGCACACAGUGCACAGAUCAUGGAAGGCGUUUCCGGAGACUUUGACCAAUAUCGAGGUAUCAACAUUGCACUGGUCAUUGAUUUGGGCUCCAGCUCUUCUUUGAAUUGGGAAGUGAUCACCAUGGAUGCGGCCAAGGAUGACAUUCCAGCCGCAAUGACUGUGCUUCGCGCCCGCCGCCGGCGCAAAGGGACGCGGAGGACCACCGUCGAAGAAACGCCUGAAGACUCCGCUCGACAUUUUCCAUCGCUACCUUUCGCUACCGAAGAACUUGUGCCAAAGAGCAAGCGAGAGGACAGAGAUGCUGAAGCUUCCAGUACCAAAGGAAUGGAAUGGCCAGCUACCAGCCCUCCCAGGAACUCGCGAGAAAGGGAGAGCGGCUACAAAGAUUAUCCCUUCAUCACUGACAUCUUUGACUACUUUGGCUGCUGCACGCGGCGAAGGGAUGAAUCGCAUGCUUGAAGCCAUCCGAAGGACCAUUCUUCCCUGCAGUCGCACAUGGUCAGCCGUGUUCCAGUGAAGUGCCAGAGGUGCUCAGUUUGUUUCACAGGUUUAUGACGACUGACGUCACACAAGGCAAAUUCAGCCCAGUACAGUGUCCAGCAUUGUGCGGUGCUUAGCAUUGCUUUUACAUGCUUUUAUACGUAGGCGGGAGUGUAUGCCCGUUGUAAAGGAACUCUUACCGUUUCGGAGAUCGAGGAAAAAGGUGAA